AUGCCCGACAGCAGAGCGCGCAGCGAGUCGCAGGAUCUCGACCGGGACUCGGACAACGAGUCUCUGUCCAACCAGCCCAACAAACCCGGUCGAAAAAAGAACCCAAAUGGCUCGCAGGCGGCGCGACGCGACCAGAACAGGAUCGCCCAGCGCGAGUUCCGUCUGAGGAAACAGCAGCGAAUACGCGAUCUCGAGGCGCGCGUGGAGAUCCUCUCGGGCACGAAGGAUGAGGCUCUCGGCGAGAUGCGCAACAUGCUCAAGGACCUCAUGCAGGAGAAUCAGACGCUGCGGGGGCUCAUUCGCAGUCUGGCGACCUUCAUAGGCGAUGGCGCGGGUGGCCUGCUUCCCAAGAUCGGCUGGGACAUGGCCGAGUUCAACAACUUCAUCAAUCGAGGGGAGACGGACACCGCGUACGAGGGCUACCAGCGGCGCAAGAAGCAGGCUCAAGAAGCCGGCGGCUCCGCUUCGGCGGGGCAGAAGCGGUCUAUGGACGACGAUGGUGGCGCGAACAAGCGCGCAAAGGCGGACUCCAUCUCGUCCACGGGUGGCGCGGAGAAGAUCGUCGGCGGGGGCUUCCCUCCCAUGAUGAUGCCUAUGGACAGCGGUCUUUCCGGGAAUGGUCUAUACAGCGCUUCAGGCUCUCGUCCUUCCCCUCAGUCCGGCAAUAACAACCUCUUCCCCGACCUUAUGCGCGGCCCCGGUACUUCCCCCAUGUUCGGUAUGCAGGGCUCGUCCACCACACCUAUAGGAGGUGGUCCGCCCCUAUCCAACUACAACCAGCACUAUAUGUCUAUGAACAUCGACCCGUCCCUGCCCAUGCCCUCCUUCUCGCCGCCUAACACCAAUACGACACCCUCCGUCCAGCACGCCACCCCCGCCAGUCGCUUGCAGACUGCGUCAAGCCAGCUCUCCCCGGAUGCCGCAGAGGACGAUGAUGAUCCCAACAAGAAUGAGGCGUAUAAGCUUAUACACUAUCACUUGGAUAAUUACAAGCGUAAUGGCCAGUACUGCCUCCCCUCCUCGCUUCGCCCGACCCUCGUGCAGAGGACCGUACCCCAUGAGAGCGUCAUUGACCGAGUCCUUCAUCCUGAAUUGCGCGACCGCAUGAUAUUGCUGCGCGGCAAGUUCGACCUGGUCGACUGCUUGCUCGACUAUCGUAAUGCUGUCACUAUCCACGGAGACGACGUUCUUGCCCACAACAACUGGGAGGUCGGCGAGAAAUGGCUGCGGCAGUACUACUAUUUGACGGAUCCUGCCACACUGGCUGUAGCCAACCGCUGGAGGAGGGAGAGAGGAGACCCCGAGUUGUCUAUGGAUGACCUCGCAGGAGAAGGGAGCCCGGGUGGCUCGGCAUCAUAG